AGCCGACAAAUACAUUUUGGGAAGGGAAAAGUCUUUGCAGGCUGGGAGAAGGACCUCAUCCUUGGUGGAAGCUGCCCAGAUGUGGAGGAUGUGUGACCGAAACGGCGGCAGGCGGCUGAGACAGUGGCUCAUUGAACAAAUCGACAGCGGCUUGUAUUCCGGUCUGAUCUGGGAGAAUGAUGAGAAAACCAUGUUCCGGAUCCCGUGGAAACAUGCCGGGAAGCAGGAUUACAACCAGGAGGUGGAUGCAUCCAUAUUCAAGGCCUGGGCCGUCUUCAAGGGGAAAUUCAAGGAAGGCGACAAAGCCGAACCGGCCACUUGGAAGACGAGGUUGCGCUGUGCCUUGAAUAAGAGCCCGGACUUUGAAGAAGUGACCGACCGGUCCCAGCUGGACAUCUCGGAGCCCUACAAAGUCUACCGCAUCGUUCCGGAGGAAGAACAGAAAUGCAAAAUGGGGAUAGGAAGCGGGUGCAGCCUGGGCGAAAUCACGGACAUGGAGUGCAGCGUUUCCGCAAUGGACGACUUGGUCAAAGAGCCACAGUCGACUGUGGAGGAAUAUCUUGGCACCAUAAAGCGAAGCCCUUCCCCAACACAGGAUAAUUGCAGAAACCACCCAAUACCCGAUUGGUGGACCCAUCAGUCAAGUCCAGCUUUAUCCCUCAUGAGUGGAUUUGUGGGCUAUGAGCCGAUUCAUGCAGGCUACUACCAGAUGGUGAUCAACUUCUACUACGGAGGGAAGCUGGUGGGCAGCGCCACCACCACGCGCCCCGAGGGCUGCCGGAUCUCCCUGGGCGAGUCCCCGUUCUCCCCGGAGACGCUGGAGCACGUGCGCUUCCCCUCGGCGGACGUGAUCGCCAAUGAGCGCCAGCGGCAGAUCACCAAGAAGCUCUUUGGGCACCUGGAGCGGGGCGUCCUGCUCCACGGCAACAAGCAAGGCAUCUUCAUCAAGCGGCUGAGCCAGGGACGGGUCUUCUGGAGCGGCAACACCAUGCCCUGCAAGGACAGGCCCAACAAGCUGGACCGGGACGAGGUGGUCAGCAUCUUCGACACAAACCACUUCCUCCGAGAGCUUCACCAGUAUUAUAACAACCAAGGCCGGUUCCCAAGCAGCAAAGUCAUCCUGUGUUUUGGGGAAGAGUUUCCGGAUGCCACUCCGUUGCGCUUCAAGCUGAUUCUUGUGGAGAUUGAGCAGCUGAGCAUCCGGCAGUUGGUGGAGGAAGCCGGGAAGAGCGAGAGCAACGCCAUGGUGGAGGAUGCGCAUUACGACCCCAUGUUCCGGAACUUCCAGGACUCCUGCGUGACGCACCAAAGGGCCCUCUUCCGAGAACACCAGCAGAUCACUGUCUGAGCCUUCCUUGUGGAUCCAUCAUUGUGGCCAAAACCCACGUAGUGUGCCUGUGUAACAUGCUUACAUCACAUGAAGCUAUUUUCCUUUUGGUCACUGGAUUUGUGGUGGUGUUGCAGGGUGUUCACAGUAUCUACAACUGCAUAAAGUUGCUUUUUUUUAAACACCCUGAAUCCCACAGUUAAUGUGAAUCAUAGAAUCCUACUCUAUGCAAUAAAGUGUAAAAUAUGUAGUACGAGGGUUGAAUGAAAAGUAAUGCCUCCACCUUCGUAACUCCUCAACAGAGGCUGGAUGGCCAUCUGUCGGGGGUGCUUUGAAUGCGAUUUCCUGCUUCUUAGCAGGGGGUUGGACUAGAUGGCCCAUGUGGUCUCUUCCAACUCUACUAUUCUAUGAUUCUAUGAUUCUAUGAACAGAUUUGCGGCAGAUUUCCUGGCUUGUUCAGUAGAUUCUCCUCUACGGUUAGUUACAUUUGGCGAGAAGCCUGUGUUGUUAAAGGGCGAAGUAUGGAACCCUGUGCAGACGGGGAAGCCUUAGCAUUGAACGGUUGUGUUGUUAAAGUGCGAAGUAUGGAACCCUGCGCAGACGGAGAAGCCUUAGCAUUGAAUGGUUGUGUUGUUAAAGUGCGAAGUAUGGAGCCCUGCACAGACGGGGAAGCCUUAGCAUUGAACGGUUGUGUUGUUAAAGUGCGAAGUAUGGAGCCCUGCGCAGACAGGGAAGCCUUAGCAUUGAACGGUUGUGUUGUUAAAGUGUGAAGUAUGGAGCCCUGCGCAGACAGGGAAGCCUUAGCAUUGAACGGUUGUGUUGUUAAAGUGCGAAGUAUGGAGCCCUGCGCAGACGGAGAAGCCUUAGCAUUGAACGGUUGUGUUGUUAAAGUGCAAAGUAUGGAACCCUGCACAGAUGGGGAAGCCUUAGCAUUGAACGGUUGUGUUGUUAAAGGGUGAAGUAUGGAACCCUGCGCAGAUGGGGAAGCCUUAGUAUUGAACGGUUGUGUUGUUAAAGUGCAAAGUAUGGAACCCUGUGCAGAUGGGGAAGCCUUAGCAUUCAACAGUUGUGUUGUUAAAGUGCAAAGUAUGGAACCCUGCGCAUUCAGGGAAGCCUUAGCAUUCAACGGUUGUGUUGUUAAAGGACGAAGUAUGGAACCCUGCGCAGAUGGGGAAGCCUUAGCAUUGAACGGUUGUGUUGUUAAAGGACGAAGUAUGGAACCCUGCGCAGACGGGGAAGCCUGAGCAUUGAACGGUUGUGUUGUUAAAGUGCGAAGUAUGGAACCCUGUACUGACGGUCGGUCAAUGCGACUUAAGCAACGUGCAGUCGUUGAAUUCUUGGCAGCAGAAGGUGUCGCCCCAAAGUAGAUUCAUCGAGAAUGCAAGCUGUUUAUGGGGAUCGUGUUGAUGUGAGUCCUGUGUGUCGUUGAACAAGUAAGUUUAAAGAUGUUGAGGUGGGAACAUCUGACUUGCGUGACAAAGAGUUGGACAUCCUGUGACAGCAACCACUGAGUUUCACAAGCAAUAGAUUGACAGAUUGAUUCAUAUCACUCAGAGAGAAAUUUCAAGCAUUUCAACCACUGAGUUUGACAAGCAAAAGGUUGACAGAUAGAUUCAGGACGAUCAUGGUAUCAUUCAGAGAGAAAUUUCAAGCAUAAUCAGCAUUUCACAAGAACAUGUGGGUCACAUUAUUUAUGUUUUGCUUGGCUAUCGGAAGAUCUGUGCACGAUGGCUCCUGUGAAACGCCGGUCGCAGAAACAGAGUGUCAACUUCAUCUGUGACGGCUUCAGAAAACUUGAUCAUCGUUGGCAGAAAUGUAUCCAAUUGUCUGGUGAUUAUGUGAAAAAAUGAACAGUGGUAGUUAAAAAACACAUUCUAAGGAUUAUUUCUGCAUUUGAUUUAUUAAAAUACUUCCAUCCAAACCCAAGUAACGAAGGUGGAGGCAUUACUUUUCAUUCAACCCUCGUAUGUUCUCGUUAAGCUUUGUUAAUGAAUGAAAUGUUCUCAGAAAACAAUGCAUUUGCAAGAGGUGCUUCCUAAAGUAACGAAAAGCAAUGUUGAUAGGAAAUCUGUGCUUUCCCUCAACUUCUAAACUAAAUCUUCCAUUUAACAUGCUUUGUUUUGUAAUUGCACAUUGGAAAGGUGAACAUUAUAUGUGUACAUGCAGGAUAAGACUGGGUGCACUGCAAAUGAUAAUACUUUAGCAAUAAUGGUUAGCAAUACUCUAGGUUCAUUUGUUUUAUAAAUUUGGUGCAUUUGUAGCCAAAAUAGGGUAAGGAUUGCUUUGAUCCCGUGCUGCUUUUUUUGCAUAUGCAGACAAUGCCGCUCUCGAAAGCAGAUGACAAAAGUGAAAUGGGAGGCUGAUAUUUAUUUUCAUUGCUCGUUUUAAAUAUUUUGUUGUGAUUGUUCUACCAAAUGAACCUGCUAAUAAAUACUUGCCUUUUGUAAA